UGCGAUUUUGUCUUUCAUGGCAAGGGAGCGUUCGUCGUGAGAUUCGUUCGCUUUCCGUACGGUCCACUUCGUUCGAAGUGUAGUACGCUCGCGGGUUACGUAAAUUGCAAACAAAAAAAAAAAAAAAAGAAAAUAACAAAAAGGAAAGAAAGAAAAAAAAAUUCGUUGCGAAAAGGAAAAGCGCCUCAAGAUAAGGAGGAAAGAAAUUAGCGAAUUGUGCGUAGAACGUCGAAAUGAGGAGGGCACCGUUCGAUAAACACACUAACACGAAGCGGAACGUUUCGAGCAACGCGUACAGUUCGUAUAAAAUUGCGUCUGAAAAUUCGAAGGAUGCCAAGUUCCAGUACAGUGUAAAUUACAGUAAUUUACAAGAAACGAAUUAUCUGCAACGAAGCAUUUCCGCAGACAAUGUUAUAAUACGUUCCCGCGGCUUCAAACCCUCCGAUAGGCACGAUCCUGUGAAGAGGAAUUUCCUUGAGAAUCUUACAAGACAAAUACUGCAUUUCGACAUGGAGAGCAAUGAAAGUACACCGGUCAAUUUGCAAAAAUUGCUCACGCCUGCCUCAGAUUCGCAGGGAAUCAUACAAUCGAAAAAUAGGAAAAUGUUUGCGUCGUCGUACUUUUAUGCACCGACACACCCGACCGUUGAGGACCAAGUUGAACUCGCUCGGCGAAUUUCACAUUCGUUGAGCGACGUGAAAAACAUGAAAAGCAAAGGCCAGUCCAUGUACGUGAAUAGAAAGAAACGGUCAGUCAAGUGGAUUCAUGAUGGCAAUGGUGUAGAAGAUGCAGAAGAAUCUUUAACACCUGUUCAUAGAGAUAAGAUUCCUCUGAAGUGCAUGAUGAAUCCACAUGGGAAAGUGUUGGAUAUACACGGUAUUCAAGCUCUGGGGGAAGAAGUAAAUAUCGAACCGAUGCCCAAGAAUCCGGAGAAACUGUUCGACAUUGUUCGUGAUUUAAACAAUCAAAGAGGCCGUGGCGCUGAGAUAUUUGCGAAACGCAGGAAAAGAUCGGAAAAGUGGGUCGUGGACAAGGAUCAACAGCCACAGAGUACACCAGGUACACCUGGUAUGCCAAAAACGCCAACGUAUCCGGGGAAAUCGGAAAUGAAUGGCAGUUCAAAGUUUCCUCCAACUCCACCUUCUCUCACGCGUAUCGUACCCGAGCCGGCUGUUGAAAAAUCAUUUUACAAUCCUUUCACCGUAGAUUUGUCUCUGAACGAUACAAAUCCAUCUGCAACAGGACGAAAUCAGUAUCGAUGCAACGGUAGAGAGUGCAACCAUCCGACCGAGGUGAAAAAAAUUUAUCUGAGAGAAGUAGCCGUUGGUACUGAUAACGAUUUGCCUCUUGACAAAUCUCGAUCGUCGAUCGUUGAGAAAUCACGUCGAAUCACGUUCGAACCCGAUAUCGAACGGCAUAACAGCUAUCACGGCCGAAAUAAUAACAUUAAUGAGAAUAUGGCAACGUCGAUCAUUACUAACAGACGCAGUCACAAUUAUAACAAAGCUUCGCUGAAUAAAUCGAAUUUUUCUAAUGCACAGCACGCUACUAACAAAGAGAUUAAAAAUUAUGCGAAAGAACAACGGGUCGCAGAGUGCUCGGCAAAGAGCGCGAUUAACGACCAGGGCAAGUUUCUAAAUAAUCGGCAAGAUAUUGACAACGAAGAGAACGACGACUACACACCGAUUCCAGUCAAACAGUUGAUACAAGAAUUCGAGAAAACGUGCAGACCCGUUCUGCAGUACAAACAAUUCAGUCCAAAGGUUAUUCCAAUUAUGCAACAAUCACCUCUCGACAAUGACAUAUCGCGUUUCUUUGCGGAAAGGCAAAAUUCCGUCAACAAGUACAACGCCGAGGAAGAGCACAGGAGAAUGACCGAACGACAAAGAUACGAGGAACUGAUGAAACUACAAGAUCGCUGUAACAAUGGUUACGUGUCCACCGAUGAUACGGAAUACACGACUGACGGAACCGACGAUUCCGAGAUGAACGAUUACAGCGAGGAAAUAAUCUACCGGGAGAAGUCGGAAUCGUCGAGCAUAAUGAACGGCGAUCAAGACUAUUCGUCGAUUUAUCGCGAGGAAUGUUCCAGCCGACGUCGAUCCGUUACUUCCGAGGAACUCUUGGACAACUUUUGCAACGACAACGACAACGACAACGACAACGACAACGACAACGGCCACGGCAAUGGCAAAUUCGCGAAUACAGAGUCGGACGUGCCCGUGGAAGCCAAGUCGUUGUUACUCUCGAUGAUAGCUUCCCAAGAAGAUAUCUUGCAAACUAUUAAGCAUUUGCGUAACACGCCUGUUUUGGACAACCUGUUGCAUGGUGUAAAUUCGCCGGACUGUAAAUUCACUGUCGACGUCUCGACGUGUCCGGAUGUAGGUAAAAAGCUUUAUGAAAGUAACACCUAUGCAGGACCAAAACUCGCUAGUGUCAACAACCUAACUAACUACAAUACAGCACCUCGAGGAUGGGAUCAGUCGUUGACUUAUUAUCGGCCGGUUAAAUUUGAGAAACCGCAAGAGAUUGUUUAUUCUGACUUUUAGUUAAACGAUUUUAAUAGUUGCUGCAUCGAUAUACUCGGAAAGCCACAAACAGGCCAUUGCAGAACUCAGUUUCUCAAAUUUCGCAUUAGAGAUUAUCUGAAUAUUCUUUUCUCUUAUUUAUAAUGUGAAGAUGUUGUUUUUUUCUUUUCUCACCCCCCUCCCCCCUCUCUCUCUCUUUGCUUCCUUUGGUUUUGUUAAAUUGAAAACGAUUGCCGUAAAGGAUGAAGAAGAUUUCGCAUUAAAAAAAUUGUGCGAUACAUACGUGAUAUAUACGUCUUAUAUAUAUGUCCAUAUACAUAUACAUGUAUAUUAUACGUGUGUAUACAUGCAUAUUUUGAAGCUUCGUUUUGCUUGAUGUAACUAUACACGUAUAUCUCUCUCUCGUUAUUCUAAAUAUUGAUCCUUAUUUAUGCCUCUCAGCAGUGUUGUUGCAUUUUACUUUAUAACCUAAACCUCAAUAAAUGUUGCUUUCAUAACAA